AUGGCUUCAGAAAUCCAGGAUGAAAGUUUGAAAAAUAAGCGCAAAUUACAGGAAGAAAAGGGAGUAAAGGAUGAAGAAGAGGAGGAUGAUGGAGCGUGGGUUGGACCCAUGCCUGCUGAGGCUGUACAAACUAAAAAGAGAAAAGUGCUCGAGUAUGAACGAGUGUACCUGGAUAACCUGCCGUCUGCAGCCAUGUAUGAACGCAGCUACAUGCACAGGGAUGUAAUCACCCAUAUCGCAUGCUCUAAAACAGAUUUCGUCAUCACAGCAAGUCAAGACGGCCAUGUAAAAUUUUGGAAGAAGAAAGAAGACGAGGGAAUAGAGUUUGUCAAGCACUUCCGUAGUCACCUUAGUGUGAUUGAGUGUAUUUCGGUGAGUGCUGAGGGGGCACUCCUCUGCACUGUUGGUGAUGAUCAAGCCAUGAAAGUAUUUGAUGUUGUCAACUUUGAUAUGAUCAACAUGCUCAAACUUGGGUUUCACCCUGGCCAGUGUGAGUGGAUCUACAAUCCAGGUGAUGCCAUCUCCACCGUGGCUUGCUCUGAGAAAUCCACAGGAAAGAUACACGUCUACGACGGACGAGGAAACAAUCAGCCACUGCACACGUUCGACAAACUGCACUCAUCUCCACUGGCUCAGAUCCGUCUGAAUCCCAAAUACCGUGUUAUUGUGUCUGCGGACAGAGCAGGAAUGAUAGAGUAUUGGACUGGUCUGCCGAGUGAUUUUAAGUUCCCCAGACAGGUGGAAUGGGAGUAUAAAACAGACACAGACUUGUACGAGUUUGCCAAAUGUAAAACGUAUUCCACCAGUCUGGCAUUUUCUCAUGACGGAAAGAAAAUGGCCACCAUCGCAGCUGACCGCAAAGUGAGGAUUUUCCGCUUCCUGACUGGAAAACUGAUGAGGGUGUUCGAUGAAUCCCUAACUAUGUUCACCGAGCUGCAGCAAAUGAGACAACAGCUGCCCGACAUGGAGUUUGGCCGCAGAAUGGCUGUGGAGAGAGAAUUGGAGAAGGUGGACGGCAUCCGACUCACUAACAUCAUUUUUGAUGAGACGGGACACUUUGUUCUUUAUGGGACCAUGUUGGGCAUCAAGGCCAUCAACGUGGAGACAAACAGGUGUGUGAGGAUCUUUGGGAAGCAGGAGAAUAUUCGUGUUGUACAGUUGAGUCUCUUCCAGGGGAUUGCCAAAACCUUAAAGGCAGCACCCACCAUCGAGAUGAAGGUGUCUGAUAACCCUGCUCUAGAAAGCAGCGAUCCUGACCCCACCAUCUUCUGCACAGCCUUCAAAAAAAAUCGCUUCUACAUGUUCACAAAGCGGGAACCAGAAGAUACCAAGAGCGCAGACUCGGACCGGGACGUUUUUAACGAGAAGCCAUCAAAGGAGGAGGUCAUGGCUGCCACACAGGCAGAAGGACCAAAGAGGAUCUCGGACAGUGCCAUCAUCCACACCACCAUGGGAGACAUCCACCUUAAACUGUUUCCUGUGGAGUGCCCCAAAACAGUGGAGAACUUCUGUGUUCAUAGCAGGAAUGGUUACUACAAUAACCACAUCUUCCAUCGUGUAAUCAAGGGUUUUAUGAUCCAGACCGGAGACCCCACAGGGACAGGAAUGGGAGGAGAAAGUAUCUGGGGUGGUGAAUUUGAGGAUGAGUUCCACCCUACCUUGAGACACGAUCGGCCAUACACACUCAGCAUGGCCAACGCAGGAGCAGGAACCAAUGGUUCACAGUUCUUCAUCACUGUGGUUCCCACUCCAUGGCUGGACAACAAGCACACAGUUUUUGGACGGAUUGCCAAAGGAAUGGAGGUGGUUCAGAGGAUUUCAAAUGUAAAGGUCAACCCUAAAACCGACAAACCAUAUGAGGACAUCAGCAUCAUUAACAUUACCAUUAAAUAAAUCAAACACCAGCUGGACUGUCAUGUCACUGUUUUAUAUAAUAAAGAGACUUUUUUCCACAAA